AUGAAAGAUGAUUAUAACUUUCCAAAUCAGGACAUAUUAUAUCUGGCAAAUGAAACGUCUAUUCAACCAAAUUGUACCAUUAAUGGAAUCACAUAUGGAUAUUUUGAUUCUCUCACUUAUGAAAAUAAAACUAUUAAAUUAAAUGAUUUUAAUAAUAAUGAAAAGGAUAAUUUUAAACGUUCAGGAGAUUAUAUUAUUUUAAAAAAUAAUAAAACAAACAUGAUAUCUUUAAUGUGCCGUUAUAUUACUCUUACUGGAACUGUUACUUUAACUCAAACAUUUAUAAAAGGAAAAAAAGUAUUUAUGGGAAAAAAUGAAAAAGGUGAAGAUAUAUAUAAAAUUUUAUCAGAAACUGAUGGAUCAGAAUAUGAAAAAAAAAUGGCUGAUAAAAAAAAGGAAAUGGAAUCUAUGAAAAAAUCUUUUAUUGAUAAAUUAAUUGAUUAUAUUGGUAUUGGUGGUACAUAUGGACUUAUUGGUGAAAAAAAAUUAAAAAAACUUAUCCCAAUAUAUUUGAAUUAUGGAAUGAUAUAUCAAAACAAAAACUAG